GUUGUGGGUGUGCGGGAUUAGAAAUCUGCUAUAAUCUCGAAUGUUUUUAUAUUGUAGCCUCCCUCGCCAACGGUUCAGUUAGUUGAUCUUUGCAUCCGUCGCUUACACAUCGCAAAACACACUCACUAUCAUGGAUGAGCUUCCUCCAGAACAAAUCGCCGUUUUACGCAAAGCGUUCGAAAGUUUCGACAGUCAAAAAUCCGGAAGCAUAUCUUGCGAUAUGGUAUCCGAAAUCCUUCGCUUGAUGGGUCAGCCUUUCGACAAGAAAAUCCUACAGGAACUGAUCGAGGAAGUCGACGCUGACAAAUCUGGACGGCUCGAAUUUGAGGAGUUCGUCACGUUAGCCGCCAAAUUUAUUGUUGAAGAAGAUGAUGAAGCCAUGCAAAAGGAACUCAAGGAAGCCUUCCGGUUGUACGACAAGGAAGGAAAUGGUUACAUCAAGACCUCCGCUCUCAGAGAAAUCUUGAGGGAGCUCGACGACCAACUAACCGAAAAGGAUUUGGAUAACCUCAUCGAGGAAAUCGAUACUGACGGUUCCGGGACCGUUGAUUUUGAUGAAUUCAUGGAAAUGAUGACGGGAGAAUAAGACUACCUACUUUCAUCGUGUUUGAUGUGUAAACUGCCUCCUUCAACAAUUAUUUGUACAAUGUUACGAAGCAAGACCGAGCGGCUACAGAUUUUUUGAAUACUAUCCAAAUAAACUAUUUUCACUAAGUAAAACAACA